CCUGGGACUCAUGCCUUUAUAAUGCUAAUGCACUCCUAUAAAUAGGGCAGAGAGGGAUCCUCACUCCAGACCACAUCUAACUCGCUCUCCUCAGAGAAGCACAAGCUCUCCUUCUGAAACAAUGGCUCCUGCGUACAUGAAUUCUGCUGACUACUCAAAGCUUUCCAACAAGGAAAAACAUAAACUACGAAAACCAGCGGUGGAAAAAAUGCGCCGUGAUCGUAUCAACAACUGCAUUGAGCAGCUUAAGUUGAUGCUGGAGAAAGAAUUCCACCAGCAAGACCCCAACACCAAGCUGGAGAAAGCUGACAUUCUGGAGAUGACUGUCAUCUUCCUGAAGCAGCAGCUGCAAAGCCAGAUCUCAGUGCCUCAGAAAGCUCACUGUGGCGGCUACUCUCAGUGCUGGAAGGAGACCGUGAACUUCCUGUCUGACAACUCCAAACUGGACAUGACGCUUCAGCAUCUCAACCGCUGUCAAGAAGCCCAGAGAACACAGAAAGAUUUCCCAGUGUCUCCACGUUCCUCCCAGACCCACCAGGCUCCUGUCAAGCAGGACAUCAAUGUAAACAGAGCUGUGUGGAGGCCUUGGUAGGGACACUGAGCACAGAGACUCUCUCAUGUCAACCAAAUGGUAGUUUCACCAUUUCUUAUGAUGUAGGAGAUUUGUAUUUUCACCUAUUUCCAAUAUGGAUUUUGAAAGAAACAUUCUUCUCUUUGAGAAGCACUUAAUGGACAGAUUCUUCAUAUUGAAGAUAUGCUGACUUUAUAAGUUUGCUUUGUCAAGUAAUUUUUUACAGAAUGUAUGCAUGUCUUCACUAGUUCUGCUUAGAAUAAGCAUUUUAAUGACUUGUUGGAUUAUGUUAUUGUAAUCCUUGAUUUUGCCUUUGGAAAACACAGUUGAGAAAUUGUACGUUUUUUCAUCUUGGUUCUUUAAUGCACCGAAAUGAAUAGUUGACACUGUGUGUCUGGUGUUGUUGCUUAAUAAAGACAAUUGAUUUA